AUGUCUUCAAAACUGUAUGAGGAUAACGACUUUACUGAUCUAUGUGCUGGAGAGGAUAAAAUUGCUGUGCACAAAAAUUUUCUAGUCGCUCACAGUGAUGUGUUCAAGGCGAUGCUGAGUGGUCCAUGGAAAGAAGCAGCGGAAGGUAAAGUAAAUGUAGAGGGUGUAACCAUCAAGGUUCUUGAGCGGUUAAAAAAUUACAUGUACAAUGGUGACGUGUUCUACACUGAUGAUGAAGAGCUCCGAACACUGCUGCUGCUCGCACGAUACUAUCUCAUCGAAGAUCUUCAAAAACAAUGUAUUAGACUGCUGGCCGAAACAGUCAAGCCGGAAACGUUAUUUUCACAUAUCGAAUUUGCAUGUCAGCACCAGAUUCCGGAGUUACCUUUUGCUAUGCUGCAGAUGACGCAGGAUUCAGUUGUCAAUGAAGCCUUUUCGAUUAGGCGUAGAGCUGAAUAUGAGGUUUGA